AUGCCACCCAUGUUGAUACCAGCGGCUCGGCCGUUCAAGUACGAGCCUCGAAUCGACGACAUGUUCGAGGACAUGAUCGAGCAAGGGCAUUUUGCCACUGAAGAAGAGCAGAUGCGCUUCUUCACGCGCUAUUGCCGUUAUUACGAGGAGAUGAAGACGAAGUACGGAGAUCAGGUGUACCAGGCACAGUGGAACGCCGAGUACAAGAUCUACCGCGAGUACUUCGGAGACGAUGCGACGGUCGAAUCAUUCGGGUGUCCAGAGCCUAGCCCUAUGACGCCUGUGCAGAUUGAAGAUAAUCGCCGGCACAUAGUAGAGGACCCUGCCGACGCGCCUCCGAGCUGGAUUGCGAAAGCAAACGAAGAAUCAGCCGCGAGAGCGCAGGCUCAGAAUGCCGCCAAGACUGGCAUCGAGACGAGGGAAGCCGAGCGACAUGCCCACGCUACCCAACCCAAGGAGGCCGAGCGACAUGCUCCUGUGAUCCGCCCUAUAGAGGCCGAGCGACAUGCUCUUGAGAUCCGCCCCAAACCCAAGGGAUCAGCCGAGCGACAUGCUCACGCUACCCAACCCAAGGGAGCCGCCGAGCGACAUGCUCACGCCGCCCCGCCCAAGGGAGCAGCCGAGCGACAUGCUCACGCUGCCCAGCCCAAGGAGGUCGAGCGAAGUGCUCUUGCUAGUGGUGAGAAGAAGCCCCGUCUCGGAUAUGGCAGAUUGAUCAAGUCCACGGAUAUCGCAGGGCAUGAUUCGACCGCCAACGAAGGGGCAUCAUCGUCGUAUAGUCAGGCGCUGCAACGACCAGCACCUGUGGCUCCCGAAGUCGAUGCGUCAGGCGAAGAAUGGAUGACCGUGGGUCCACAGCCUCGUGGUCCCAGAAAUCCGUUCAAGGGCGUAAGGCUAGCAUUGCCAAUGGCUAACAAUAUGCCUCGGUUCAGCGCAGUUACAACUGCUAAGUAUGGCCGUCUUGCCUUCAUCGGAAAGGACGGACGCAAUCUAGAACAAGUCCAGUCUAUGUUCAAUGUGAAUCUCUGCUCACAUUACCUGGAUGAUGACCAGACAGCAGUGUGCGUCUGGGCCGAGCCUAGAUUCAAACAUGCCAUGACAGAGGGCGUUAAAAAGGAGCUCGAUACCGUGCACAACAUCCUGAAGGAUUGGGUGCGCACUCGCCGAAAUGAUUGUCCAGAUCAGGCCGAGGAGUUCGACUUCUUCGUCUCGGAUUGGAUGGCUCGACGUAACAAAGAGGAUGCCGACAAGAGGUCAGUCAAGGUGACCCGGAGAUAUCCGUAUCCAAGAGGGCCACGCCCCGAGCCCAAUAAGGGUAAGGGUAAACACGUUGGCCAUCCGGUGCCCGAUUACAAGGGGGUUCUCUAUGAUUACCACCCGAAAUUCGGGCAACGCGAGCCAGGGGCUGCCACGAAACCAGCCAUACUACACAAGAACCCUUCCCCUGGGGACCUUAUGCGGCAGGUUAAGGUGGAGGAGACCAAAGAAAGCCAGCAAGCGAGAAAGCAGACCAAGCUGCUAGAUUCCGCCCAGAAGAAGCUGGACGAAGUGGUCAAGGAGGCCCGAAAGGCCGAAGAAGCCCUUGGUCGCAACGAAACUCCAGAGGAGACCCAGCGGCGGCGCGAAGGCGAGGCUGCCAAGCUGAAAUCUCAAACCAGAGACUGGUAUGAGAUGGAUGAAGAGGCCCGUCAUGAGGAGGACGAAAGCAAUCGAGCCUGCAGAGAAAAGCUUAUAGGCAUCUGCUCGUUCGUCGUCGAAGUCGAAGCCAAGAAGCUUCACGCCUCCAUGACCCAGGCUCAGAUCCUCAGGAAAGCUAUGGACUCGAGGAGAACCAAGAUGCUCGCGUUGGGGUUCACCGACGAGGAGAUAGACGUCCUCCUGAAUUCUCAGAGCUUUAUGGAGUCCGAUGACAAGACUUAUGAGGCUCUGAUAGAGCAGCGUAAGAGGGCCAGCAAAAUCGAAGGCACAGCCACUGGAAAGACCAAGUCUCUCAAAAUCACCGAGCCAUCCUCGAAGAACGAGGGCAAGGUGCAGACCGCUGACCAGGCCAUCAAGAAGGAGGGCAUAGACAGCAAAAAGGCUGGCCCAUCCAAUGCAGCCUCCAGCACCCAGGCUACAAAGCCAGAGAAGAAGAAGUAG